AUGCCGCUUUCUGUUUUCGCCUCCAUCCCCGCUUCUUAGUACUGAGGUUGCCCGGCUCCCGGGGAUGGCGUAUCCUGGUCUUGCGGCUCGAAGGCCUAUAUGAGGCCGCAUGCACCCACGGCACCCUGUCACGUACGACAAUCUCUGUUGUCCAUUCCAUCACAAAGCCCAAUUGCCAUCUUUAACCCAAAGACUGUGUUUGCUAUUGCCGCAGCACCCGAAGGCCCGAGACCUAAGCUGUACUGUCCCUCACCACAACAACGGCCCCUCCCGCCUUGCCUCGAUCAUCAGGCGAUAAUCACAACAACCUCAUCAUCACUAUCAAGAGCUCGACAGGCAACACUAUUCCUCAUAUUGAGCACAGAGGGCUUCCUUGGCCCUUCUCCCCCUCUUUAUCUCGAGUUUCCUCGUCCGAGGUGUCUGGGCUUGGUCAGCAUCCGUUGCGCAGGGAAAUUAUGGACGAGUCUGGUGGAGACACCCUACUACUCGCGCAGUCAGCCGCCGCAAUGGCCCCCUCGACACGCAAAGGCAGGACCAGGAGUUUGCCGGUUGCGAAGGCAGGGGCCCGCCCUAAUAACAACAUCAACGCCAUACCGCGUGGCGCCCCUAACCCCUUUUCCUUCAGGAUUAUUUCUGACGGGCAACCCAUCGUUCAUGAUGGUGGAUUGGACAAGGUUCGCCAACCGCAGCAAGAGUACCUUCCGGCUGAAGCCUUAUCUACUCAACCAAAACGUCGAGGCCGCCCUCCGAAGGCCUCGUCCGCCCAAAAACCCGGAUCAACUGUCUUCAAGACGGUAGUUCCAAAUGACCUAACCAACCGUCGCCUUUCAGCCUCUUCCAUCGACUCUUCGCUCUCCGCUCAAUCCAACAAUCCUUCCUCCCACUCCGAAAAGAAAACACGCCUCCGAGCUCGUAACCGCGAGGCCGCGCACAAGUGCCGUAUUCGCAAGCAGCGCGGCAUCCAGGAUCUGCAGACCCAGGAGGCCGCCAUCGGUGCUGUCAACCAAAGCCUCAAGGACCAGUACGCCGAGCUCCGCGACGAGAUCCUUUUGCUCAAGAACAUGGUCCUCCAGCACGGCGGUUGCGGCUGCUCCUUCAUCGAGAGCUACCUCGAAAAUGCCGCCGCCAGUUUGACGCAGAAGCCCGACAGCUUCACGACGAGCCGCCACGGAUCCUCUAGCAGCGCCAUCUCACCCGGCUCCAGCUGGUCUCUUACCACCCCUCGAGUACCUGGCUCGCCUGGCUUCACCCCUUUGGAGGACGAGACCAGCAACGCCUCGCACUUCGACUGGGACAUGAUGGGAGGAUUUAUAAACUUUCACGAAGGCGGAUAGGUGGAGGGCCUGUUGACCACGCACAAUGAGAUUUAUCGGGGUCUGGAUGUACCGGACCAUGUUGACUGGACGGAACGGCCCCAGGAAGUAUAGUUAGGAGGGUUUUACCGUCUCUCCUGCAGGCGGGAUAUCUUUUGUUUUACGAGGCGAUCUUGGAGCUUCUAUCCGGCGCUGGUAUGGUAAUGGUUUCAGGGAAGCUCUUCUUACCUGUAAAUGGGUGGCACAUCUACCCUGUUUAAAAGAUACCCCGGGGAUUCGCCCGAGGGCAAAUGCCAUCUUUAUCUAUUG